AUGGGAUCAGUCGUGCUGAGUCUUCUAUGGAGAACGACCAAGCUUGUGUUUUUGAGUUUGCUUUGGUGUGUCAUCCUUCCUCCUGCCAACUCCCAACAAGACCAGAGUCUACAGUGCAAAGUAAUCCCGGGUUCUAUGUCCCUGCCUGUGCUCGAGAAAAAUGGGGACAUUAUUUUGGGGGGACUCUUCUCCCUUCAUGAUAUGGUGGUGGAACCAAGUCUGUCCUUCACCUCUACGCCUCCUCCCACACAGUGCACCAGAUUUAACUUUCGGACAUUUCGUUGGAUGCAAACUAUGAUCUUUGCAAUUGAGGAGAUCAACAGAGAUGGCGAACUCCUUCCCAACAUCACACUCGGCUAUAAGAUCUAUGAUUCAUGCAGUACACCCCAUCAGGCUCUGAAAGCUGCCAUGGAGGUAAUGGGGAGCGAGAUGGAUUCAGGGGUUGAAGGAGACAGACAGAGAAAAGCCACCUGUCAUGGGGCGGUACCAGCAGUGAUAGGAGAUGGAGGCUCUACUCAGUCUCUCGUUGUGGCCCGUUUCCUGGGAGUCUUCCAUGUUCCACAGGUUAGUUAUUUCUCCAGCUGUGCAUGUCUCAGUGACAAACAUGAGUUCCCUGCUUUUUUAAGGACCAUGCCCAGUGACUUCUUUCAGGUAGAUGCACUAGUACAACUUGUCAAGCAUUUUGGCUGGACUUGGGUGGGUGUGAUCGCAGGUGAUGAUGCUUAUGGCCGUGGUGGGGCAAACAUCUUUGUAGAUGAGGUUAGAAAGUUAGGUGCUUGUGUCGCCCUCCAUGAGAUCAUCCCUAAGAACCGAGCACAAACUGCUGUUUCAUCUAUUGUUUCCAGGAUCCGCUCCUCUGGGGCUCGGGUGAUUUUAGUGUUUGCCGUGGAACAAGAUGUAGUUGCAUUGUUUGAUGAAGUACUCAGAGAGGGGCUCACUGGGAUACAGUGGCUGGCCAGUGAAGCUUGGAGCACAGCUGCUAUCCUCUCCACCCCGAAAAAGUAUCAUCACAUUUUGCAGGGUUCUCUGGGAUUUGCCAUUCGGCGAGCAGACAUCCCAGGAUUGCAAGACUUUCUACUUCGUUUGAACCCCAAAAGCCCAGAUGCCCUUGAGGAUCCCUUCCUGAUACCCUUCUGGGAAGAGGUGUUUCAGUGUAGCCUGGGUGUGCAGGCUGAAGGUCAGGAACAUAAUGUUGAGGAUAAACCUCGAUGCUCAGGAGCAGAAGACCUGAGGAGUGUGAAGAAUAUUUAUUCAGAUGUGACACAGCUAAGGAUUUCCUACAAUGUCUAUAAGGCAGUGUAUGCCAUCGCCCAUGCACUCAAGGCUAUGAGAAGUUGUGUGGAAGGAAAAGGACCAUUUCCUCUGCAGGCGUGUGCUGAUACAGACAAUAUCCAGUCGUGGCAGCUACUUCACUACUUAACAGAGGUGGAAUACAUGAACUCGUUUGGUGAUGAAACCAAGUUUGAUGAUAAUGGAGACCCCAUCGCCAUGUAUGACCUGGUUACCUGGCAGCUGACACCAAAUGGAGAAAUUGACUUUGUCACUAUUGGCAAAUUUGAUGAGACAACCACAGCUGGAGAGCAAAAACUCAAGAUACAGGAACAGAACAUUGUAUGGAAUGGCAACCAAACUGAAGUUCCCUUGUCAGUAUGCAGCAGCAUUUGUCCCCAAGGUACCAGGAGGGCGAUCAGACCUCACUUUCCUAUCUGCUGCCAUGAUUGUGUGGUUUGUACAGCUGGGGAGAUUAGCAAUUACACUGAUGCCAUAGAGUGUACACGCUGCCUGCCAGAGUUCUGGUCCAACGCUGAGAGGACAGCCUGUAUCCCCAAACAGGUGGAGUUUCUCUCCUUUAGUGACACCAUGGGAAUCACACUGGUGACGAUUUCCCUCAUCGGCUCCUUCUGUACCUGUGUUGUGGUCCUCAUAUUCUCCUGUCACAGGACCAGCCCUAUUGUCAGGGCCAACAACUCUGAGCUGAGCUUCCUGCUGCUCUUCUCCUUGACUCUGUGUUUCCUGUGUUCUCUGACCUUCAUCGGCCGGCCCUCUGAGUGGUCCUGCAUGCUGCGACACACAGCAUUCGGCAUCACCUUUGUCCUCUGUGUCUCUUGUAUUCUGGGGAAGACAAUUGUGGUGCUAAUGGCAUUUAAAGCAACACUUCCAGGCAGUAAUGUCAUGAGGUGGUUUGGGCCUGCGCAGCAAAAGGCAAUCAUCACCUUUUGUACACUGGUCCAGGUUAUCAUAUGUACUGUGUGGCUGGUAGUUUCUCCCCCAACUCCACUGCGAUUGAUGCCACGCGAGAGCGCUGUCAUCAUCCUCCUGUGUGAUGAAGGUUCACCGAUAGCAUUUGCUCUCGUCCUGGGCUACAUCAGCCUGCUGGCCUGCCUCUGCCUCCUCUUGGCCUUCCUGGCAAGGAAACUCCCAGACAACUUUAACGAGGCAAGACUCAUCACCUUCAGCAUGCUAAUUUUUUGUGCAGUGUGGGUAGCCUUUGUUCCUGCCUAUAUCAGCUCUCCAGGGAAGUACGCCACAGUCACAGAGGUGUUUGCUAUCUUGGCCUCCAGUUAUGGACUGCUUGGCUGCAUCUUUGCGCCAAAGUGCUACAUAAUCCUGCUUAGGCCAGAAAAGAACACAAGAAAACACCUGAUGUCCAAAGUUGUCCUUACGGACAAAUUUUAG